AUGUUUACCGAAGAGUAUUGUUCCUUCGGCCGCCCCCGUCUCCAUUCAGCCCCUGCCUCUCCCUGUCCUGUUCCCUUCAAGGAGAGGGUCCUGCAGGCGCUGGGCCGAGACCGCGGGCAGAGCAGGACACGAAGGUGGCCGCAGCAGCCGGCGGAGCUGUGUAACACAGUCGACUUUGGUGGAGAUAGUUUCAUAACCCCCGAUUCUGGAAAGACCACCUAUUCAAGGUUUAAAAGUUCCAUCGUGAAGAAAUUGAUAUCCAGUGUUCCUGUUGCUAGUAGCCCUAUUAGCACAAGGUGGCAGCAGGCGCACAUGAGAAGUGAAGCGGAGCAAACUUUCACAGAAUGUCAGCCUAUUAAUCUCUCAACAUCAAAUGGGUCUGAGCUAACAAGGACACCUGAAGCAAUCCCAAAAAUUCCAGUAACCUCUCCUAUGCUUAUCAAAACCUCUGCCACGGAACCUGUUAUAAAUAUGAAUGCCAGAUAUCACAAGACUUACAGGGAAGACUCACAAGGAAGAAAUAGAAGAACAGCUGAAAGUACAAGUGAACAGAAAUGUCUCACUCAGAUGUUAAUGGUCCAAAAGUAUGGAGUCAGUUUCCCAGAAAAUGGUAGAAUGAAGAUCUGUGAAAAUAUGGAAUGCAUCUGGGAAGGUUGCCAAGAUGGAAUCCAGAAUGAAUUUACUCUUCACAGAGUUUCUCAUGCCACCGAACCUUUCCUGCCAUUGGAGCCAGAAGUCAGGUUUCAUAUUACUGGUUUCCGCAAUGAUUACUACCUAAACACACUGGACUGGAACCAUGAAAAUCUCAUUGCUGUUGCUCUAGGAUCUUGUGCAUACAUCUGGAAUGGAGAAACCCACCAAAGCAUUGAAAGCAUUGAUUUAAAUUCCAGUGCAAAAUACAUUUCAUCUAUUGCUUGGAUAAAAGAAGGAACUUGUCUUGCUGUUGGUACUAGUGAUGGGGAAGUGCAGUUGUGGGACACUGAAACCAAAAAGAGGUUGAGAAACAUGGUUGGCCACCUUUCUGUAGUUGGAGCCAUGAGCUGGAAUCAUUAUAUACUUAGCAGUGGUUCAAGAUUAGGAGUUGUUCAUCAUCAUGAUGUGCGGGUUGCUCAACACCAUGUAGGGACUCUUUGUCAAAACAAGCAGAGCAUUUGCAGCCUGAAAUGGUCCCUAAACAACAAGCUGCUGGCAAGUGGGUCCAGUGAUGGCAUAUUGAAUAUUUGGCCUAGUGAUCCUGGAGUGACAGUGUAUUGCAAGCCAGUGCAAACUAUGUCCCAUCCCUCAGCAGUAAAGGCUAUGAAUUGGUGUCCAUGGCAGUCUGAAAUCCUUGCCACUGGAGGUGGAUUGAAGGAUGGGCUUUUACGUGUCUGGGACAUUAACAGUGGGAAAACGAUCAAAACUGCAGAAACAAAAUCUCAGAUUUGCUCUCUGUUCUGGUUACCCAAUACCAAUGAGCUAGUGACUGGACAUGGUCUCCCUAAGAAUCAGAUCAAGAUAUGGAAGUAUCCCAUGCUUGCAAAUUCAGUGGAGCUUUUUGGUCACAAAGGAAGAGUCUUGCAAGUAGCACUGAGCCCAGAUUGUAGUAGGUUCAUUUCUCUUGCAGCUGAUGGAAUGGCUUGUGUGUGGAAAUUCUUCCAGUCUAGUGAAACCAGGCAUAGAAGAGAUGACAUCCAGGGGGAUUAUUCUAGGACAUUGUGGUGACUUUUUUCCACUGACUUUUGAAAACCACUACAGUAAUACACAAAAUCUGUGUUCUUUCCAAAUGAAACAUGGAAAACGAUAAUGCCAAUUGUUCAGAAAAAAGCAAUAUUCCAAUUAGUUUGUCAUUGCAUCAUGGAAUGUUGUUGAGCCUGCGCUGCCCAUGCUUGAGUUGGAAAUCUAACCCUGACAAAUAACAUCAAAUUUAUUUUCUUUCAAACUAGUAAUUAUGGAUAGACAUCACUCCUGUGCAGAGUGCCAGCACAGGGGCUCUGAAUCACUUACAACUCACUCAAAUUCUGUUAUAACUAUAGUCCUUCUAUGAAGUUUUAUAUAGUCUGAGUCUCCCCCCAUCAAAGACCAUGCUCCAGUGUGGGGACUUUGACCCUUCAGCUCUGGCAAGUGGAAGAGCUAGGAGUGGUAGAUACUGACAGAGAGAAUCAAACUGUUCCAGGUAUGAAGCAGAUCUUGUCUCAAGAGAGAAUCUGUCCAAGAGUAGGUACCUAGAACAUGGGAUUGGAAGGGGUCUCCUGGGCCAUUGAGGCCAAUCCCCUGCAUUUGCAGGCAAGUUGUAUUUCCAAGGAGAAGGGAUCUUUAUUAAUUAUCCUGAUACUGCUGGUUUACUUAAUGAGAAAACCACCUGAUCUUUGGCUCUUGUGGCAAUUUCAGUGCUGUUUUUUCAAAAAAUGCUCUGUAUGUCUAAAACAAUAAAUACCUAACAACAACCAC